GAUUCAGUAGUGCCUGCUUGAGGUGUCAGUCCGUCACAGCUGUUCACCGAGUAUUGCACCAGCUAGGCGGGGGGGUUUGGAAACAACUGUUUUAAAAUGCUUUGGUUUGAGGGUUCCGUACCUUCAGCUAUUGCUUCGAGCAAGGAGAAGAACUGUGUUUUUGUCGUCUUUAUUAAAGGUGACGAUGAACAAUCGACAGAGAUGGUUUCGACCUGGGAGAAUGCCAGAGUCGUUGAAGCAGCCAGGGACUCCUUUGUUGCAAUUAAAGUUGAUGCCAAAAGUGAAUCGUGUACACAGUUUUCCCAAAUUUAUCCUGUUGUAUGUAUACCUUCCAGCUUCUUUAUAGGAGGUAAUGGUAUUCCCCUUGAAGUUAUUGCAGGUAGUGUCCCUGUGGAAGAGCUUAUAAAGCGUAUAGAAAAAGUAAAACAGAUGCACACAGAGAAAGUACAACAGCAUGAAGGCAAUGAAUCUUCAACGGCAUCACUUCAUUCACAAGAAACUGCCUCUUCUGUGUCGCAAGAGGAAACCAUUGAAAAUCGGAGUUUACAGUUGGAAAGCACAUAUGACAAUUCAGAAUCAUCAAAAAUAGCUGCAUCAGAUUCUUCAAGAGAUAAUGGAAUAUGUUCUGGUCAAGUUAGUCCGGCAGAAGUUAGCAUCUCCUCAGAUGAAGCAUCGCAGUUGGAAGAUGACCUCAGUGUCAAAGUGGAAAGGCUAACCAAGAAACUUGAAGCACGAAGGGAGCUUAAGAAGAAAGAUGAAGAGGAAAAUGAAAUAAAGAAAGAAAUAGAACGGAGAAAGCUUGGAAAAGAAAUGCUGGAGUUUAAGAAAAAACAAGAAGGUGAAAAAACAAAACGAAUGCUGGAAGAAAGAAACCGGGAGAAAGCAGAGGAGAAAGCAGCACGAGACCGUGUGAAACAACAAAUUGCUUUGGAUCGUGUAGAAAGAGCAGCACGGUAUGCAAAAACAAAGGAAGAAGUAGAAGCUGCUAAAGCUGCAGCUCUUGAAGCAAGGCAAGCUGAAUUGGAUGCCAGAAGAGAGGCUGCUGCUAAGGAGAGAAGUACGAUUGCCAGAAUACAGUUCAGACUGCCAGAUGGAUCUUUCGUCACAAAUCAGUUUCCUUCAGAAAGCAGAUUGGAAGAAGCAAGACAGUUUGUUGCACAGGAAGUGGGCAACAAGUAUGGAAAUUUUUCACUGGCUACUAUGUUUCCAAGGAGAGAAUUCACAAUGGAGGAUUUAAACAAAACAUUGCUUGAUCUGGAGUUGGUGCCAAGUGCUUCUGUAGUACUUCUGCCGCAAACAGGAAGACCAUCCACAUCGGUUGUCCAGUCAUCUGGUGGAGGAAUCUGGGUAUUUCUUGGGACAAUUAUCUAUCCUCUGCUUGCAGUUUGGAAAUUCAUCACUAGCUUUCUGCUUGCUUCCACACCAUCUACAGUUUCAUCUACUAGGCAGACUUCCCAGUCGACCAACUCCCAAGCCAUGGCAUCUAAUACGACUGAACCAAAAAGAGAAAAUAUGAGAAAAAGAAUCCUUGAGAAACGUACUGAAGAUUUUAAAAGAGAUGGGAAAAUCUAUAGAUUAAGGACUCAGGAAGAUAAUGAGGAUGACAACAACACAUGGAAUGGAAAUUCCACCCAGCAGAUGUAGUCUAAAGAUACCUAAUAUUGUGCAAUACAUUUUUUACUUAAUACUGUUGAAUUAAAUUAUAUUGGCAAAUCUGUGAACACAAGGCAUUGUUGCUUGUGUACAGAUGUGGAACUUAAUUAUUAGCCACUCUUUUGCAUGGUGGAAUAUAACUAGACUUCUCCAAACUGGAUCAAGCAGUAUGUACAAUUUCUUUAACGCUGUUAAGCCAGUUUGCUUUCAUUAAAAUAAGCAGACCUUGCACAGUAAUUGUAUUUACUUUCCUUUACAUAAGGAAAUUAGGAUACAGCUAUGCAUGUGUUGACUGGUAAAUUUCAUACUUUCACAGUGCAUAUUGCUUUUUAAUUAAUACAAAUGAUGUUGUGGUAAUAUGAUCUGUUUAAGGUAUCAGCUAAAUAUUUUAGAUGGAAGAAGGCAAUGAUGCUGUAUUUAAAACACUGCUGUCAUUUAAUAUUGGCUCGUUUGCUUUCUCGGUACUUACUGCAUUGAAGAACAUCUUUACGUUCUUGGAUUAUGCAGGCAGAUCUGUGUGUUCAUUGCAGGUAAAAUUCUUUUUUUUUUUCUUUUUAACCUUUUUUUCCAGAACUCCUAAUUUGCAGUUUUAAAAUCUCUUGUAAUACAAUAGAUGUCACCAAAGGGAAUAAGAAUAUAAACUUUUUCAGCAUUGUAAUUCCUAAAUUAAAUACUACAAACAGCCCAGCUGCGUAGCUAUUUUUGU